UUUUUUUUUCUUCAGUUAGGAUUUUGUUGUCAGGGGGAGUGUUGCUCACCGCGCCGCAGUCGUUUUUGCGACCAGUGCCGAAUUCUUAGUAAAAUGUCUACAAAGGCAGGAAACUUCAAAAAUCCUUUUUCAAGACCAUGGAUGACUGAAACAGGAGCAGCGGCUGCGGCGGGAGGUGCAGGAUCCGUCGGGUUAAAAGGCGUUGUAGCCGGAGGAAUAACUGGUGGCAUUGAAAUUUGUAUUACAUUCCCAACCGAAUAUGUUAAAACUCAACUCCAGUUAGACGAAAAAGGUGGCACCAAAAAGUACACAGGUAUAAUAGAUUGUGUCAAGAAAACUGUGAAAGGUCAUGGCUUUUUCGGCCUCUAUAGAGGUCUUAGCGUAUUGCUGUAUGGAUCCAUACCAAAAUCUGCAGUCAGAUUCGGUGUAUUCGAACAGGCGAAGCUGUACAUGGUGACUGACAAUGGUACACUUACUACCACGGGCAAGUUGGCCUGCGGCCUCGCAGCUGGUGUUGCUGAAGCGGUGUUUGCUGUCACACCCAUGGAGACAGUCAAAGUCAAGUUUAUUAAUGACAUGCGUAUGGAGAAGCCAAGGUUUAAAGGAUUCUUCCAUGGAGUUAAGAUGAUCGUGAGGGAAGAAGGUAUCGGUGGAGUGUACAAGGGUGUUACAGCCACCAUAAUGAAGCAAGGCAGUAAUCAAGCGAUCAGGUUCUUUGUGAUGGAGUCGUUGAGGGAUUGGUACAAGGGUGGUGAUAGGGACAAACCUGUACCCAAAUACAUUGUAGGAUUGUUCGGUGGUGUCGCAGGCGCUGCAUCAGUGUUCGGUAACACACCAAUCGACGUAGUUAAAACAAGAAUGCAAGGUUUAGAAGCGGCCAAGUACAGAAGCACGUGGGAUUGCUUCAUAAAAACAUGGAAGCACGAAGGACCAUUGGCCUUCUACAAAGGUACAGUACCGCGACUCAGUAGAGUUGUAUUUGAUGUUGCAAUCACAUUUACUAUAUACGAUAGCAUCAUGGAUGUCUUUAAUUAUGUAUGGAAGUGAUAAACAAUACGGUUGGUCUAUUAUUUCGAUGUAUUUUUAUGACUGACAGCUGUCAAAAUGUUUGACAUUUGACAGCUGUCAUUAGAAACUGUCAAAGAUUUUCUUUUAUGCUUACAGCGUCUAAUUAUGCGAAUAGUGUAAUCCGUUUAUAACGAUGUUUUUGUAGUUUUUGUAUGAAGUUGAUCCUAGCUUUUGAGUUUUUAUUACCGGAACAUUUACGAUUAUAUUGUUGUCUCUUUUUAUUUAAAAUAGUAUGAAAGGGAUGGCAAUGUUAUUGUAUUUCGGCAGUUGAAACUUAUAGUCAGAUGUACAAAUAUGCGUGAGCUGUGCUAGAAACUUGUAUUUGUAGGCUUUUGUAUUUAGUAUAAGUAAAUCAGUGUUAUAUCAAAAGUAUAUUUUUGUAAGACUCAUACAUUAGUAUGUGAACUUUAUUGAAUUGACGAUUUUUUUUACUGUUCAUAUUCUGGUAAUUCACUGGGGCUAAUUUAUUUAUGAUUGUGAUGAUAAGUAUUUUUUUUAAUUAUUUUUUAUCUGUUACAUUUUAAUUGCGUUUAUUUUGGUAUAACCAUAAACAAUGUUGAC